UCAUUCAUCUAGUUAGUCAUUAGUUGAUUGGAAUUCAAGACAAAUUUGUUUUUGGGCUUUAAUGUAUUAGGUUCGACUGUGUUAAAAACAUUGAAAUAAUAGUGCUAUCUUGCUUUUUUUUGGUUCACAAUGUCGUCUCGUAAAACCGCCGGUCGCCGCGCCACUACAAAAAAGCGAGCACAACGCGCCACAUCAAAUGUGUUUGCUAUGUUCGAUCAGGCUCAAAUCGCCGAAUUUAAGGAAGCUUUUAAUAUGAUUGAUCAAAAUAGGGAUGGGUUUGUGGAAAAAGAGGACUUACAUGAUAUGUUGGCAUCGCUUGGUAAAAAUCCUACUGAUGAUUAUUUAGAAGCGAUGAUGAACGAAGCACCCGGUCCAAUAAAUUUUACCAUGUUUCUCACUUUAUUCGGAGAACGCCUACAAGGAACCGAUCCAGAGGACGUGAUUAAGAAUGCUUUUGGUUGUUUUGAUGAGGAGAAUUCAGGAGUAUUGCCUGAGGAUCGCUUGCGUGAGCUUCUAACUACUAUGGGCGAUCGUUUUACAGAUGAAGAUGUCGACGAGAUGUACCGCGAGGCGCCCAUCAAAAACGGAUUGUUUGAUUACCUCGAAUUUACAAGAAUUCUUAAACACGGUGCCAAAGACAAAGAUGAACAGUAAAACUUGAUUGCCAUCUUCCACAUUCCUCUUAGAGAUUUGUUUGAACAUAUACAUAAAUUUUUUACGCGAAUAGUCGAUGCAAACAAUAAUAUUUUAAUCUCUUUCGUUGCGUAUAAUCGAAAAUAGUCUAUAAGAAGUUUAAAGGAAAAACACCAAUUUGGAGCAUGCAAAUUUUUACAAGUAUUAUAUUUAAAUAACUGUAAAGUGUAUCUUUUUAUAAUUAAAUUCAUUGGUUAAAUUCAUUAACAAUUUUGGUUUUAUAACUGAAAAUCAUGAGCUCUUCGCCAUUCGCAAUAAAUAAUCCUGUAUCAAUAAAAUU